UCCGUGUUGGAAAUGUGUUUUGCUGAUGGUGGAUGUCAGAUUUCGCUGGAUAAACAUCACAGCGGCUGCAAUUUCGGACAGCACCUAUUAGUUUUCUUCAAAGGAGACGAAACUGCGUCACUAGACUGUGGCAUCGUAUAUUAGUAUUUUUUUUACUAUCAGUGCCCUGCCUGUCAAAGACAGAAAGCUAAAUGCUAACUGCAGCUAGCUAGCACGCUAACAAAGCAGGCUUUUAUGUUAGCUUGCCUGCCCGUUACUUCAGUGUUUUUGAGAGAAAAAAAUGUUCUAUUCACAGCUAACGUUGAUUUAUGAGUAAGUUAACCUGCAAUAUGGGUUAACUAAUAUCGCUGUCUGGGAUCUAUCAUCUAACAUCUUGGUAGUCACAUUUGCUGUCCGAUAAAGCUAGGUAACGUCCGUUUACAGUGCCAGUUUUGCUCGGUUUUACAGUUUUUGAGUCAGUCAGACAUCGUCACGUACACCUGGCAAAAAUCAGGUAGUUGAUAGCCACCCCGUGGAGGUUUGAUGUUUUGGGCUGUCAGUGUCAUCCCCGGCAUCUCCACAAGAAAGCCAUGCUAUGAUGGUGCUACGGCGGUUACUGAGAAAGCGCUGGGUGCUGGGAGUAGUCUUCGGACUGUCUCUCAUCUACUUUCUCACCAGCACUCUCAAACAGGAGGAAAGGACAAUACGGGACCGUACACUCUUAGAGGUUAGAGAUUCAGACCAUCGCAUCCCCUGGAAAGUCCGUUUCAACCUGGGCAACAGCAGCCGUCAGAUUACUCAGUGCAGAAACUCCAUCCAGGGCAAGACGCUGCUCACAGACGAACUCGGUUAUGUCUGCGAGAGAAAAGACUUGCUGGUGAACGGCUGCUGCAAUGUCAAUGCUCCCAGCACCAGACAGUACAUCUGUAAAAGCUGCCUGGCAAACGGCUGCUGUAGCAUCUAUGAGUAUUGCGUGUCUUGCUGCCUCCAGCCUGAUAAGCAACCUCUCCUUGAGCGCUUCCUGAAUCGUGCAGCUGAAGGUUUCCAGAAUCUCUUCACGGCCGUGGAGGAUCAUUUUGAGUUGUGCCUGGCCAAGUGUAGAACCUCAUCGCAAAGCGUUCAACACGAGAACACCUACCGGAACCCUCAAGCAAAGUACUGCUACGGAGAGAGUCCUCCAGAGCUUCUUCCCGUAUGAGUGCUUGACUUCUCUCGGGGUUUAGGACAUACAGGAAUAGCAGUGGGCCGAUAAAGCAUCCUGGUUGGACACCUACGGGUGCUUGGAGAAGAGACUCUCUACACAUGAACUGUUGUCUUGGAUUAUUUAGCAGUAAAGGAAGAAAGCUAUCCAAGACCAACCUCAAAAAAAUGGACAAAUGCUGUAUGUGAUUUGAUUAUUUUACACUUCAUAAGUGCAUAGUAUGCUUCAUACAUUCAUCCAUGAUGAUCAUCAGGUCUACAUAGCAGGCAGCUCAUCCAUCAGGAUUCGCAUCAAACCGGUUAAUGUCAUGACAUAGAAUUCAUUAAAGAAGAUAACAGCUGUAUUAUAUUUUGGUGAGUAUUUUAAAACAGCAAAGAAUGUGUCAUUACGUUUGUGUAUAGUGCAUGCAUAACGAACGGCUAUUUAAUAAACGUGACUGUGAAAUGAAA